UGAAAUCUUUAUCUGGUGUCUGUUUGUUUGCAAACAGCUGUUUAGUCUUUGAUAAAAUUUUCAUACAACUACUUGAAAAAUGUUACCAUCUCUUUGAAACUUUUUCAUAGUACUUCUGAUAGUACUUUUCAGGCACUCCUGACCAUCAGAAGUCUAUUCUGGAGCACACAGCAGCAGCCUUUGUAAUUUCUACUAGUUGUGCUGUUUUAAAGUGUGCUUCUGUUGGCUAGUAAAGGCAUGUUUGAGUCUUUUCAAAACAAUACAUUGUAUGAUUUGUUUUCUUUUGUUUCAGGUUCUUUUUGUCUAAAAAGCUUAAAGAACUGACUAAUAAAAAGAGAAGUGGCUUAUUAAGAUAUACAGAUGAAAAACUAACCAAAAUAGCAAAACAGUUGGGUUACUCGCUAGAACAAAAAAGCUUGAAGAUGAAAGAGCGAGAUAAGAAGGUAGUAACAAAGACAUUUCAUGGAGCUGGUCUAGUUGUCCCUGUAGAUAAGAAUAAUGUUGGGUACAGAGAGCUUCCAGAAACAAAUGCAAGUCUCAAAAGAAUUUGCAAAACCAUUGUAGAUGCUCCUAAUGACGACCAGAGACUGAAAGCCUUUGCUCCUAUUCAGGAAAUGUUAACUUUCAUUCAGUUUGCCAAUGAUGAAUGUGACUAUGGAAUGGGAUAUGAACUGGGCAUAGACCUCUUCUGCUGUGGGUCACAUUAUUUUCACAAGAUUGUCGGCCAGUUGUUGCCUCUUGCUUACAACCUGCUGAAAAGAAAUCUGUUUGCAGAGAUAAUUGAAGCUCACUUAGCUAAUAGGAGAAAAGAGAAGGUAGAUCUACUUGCAGCAUGAUGAACACUAAAAUACUGUAAAAUACUGACUACCAUUAUUUAUGAAUUUUAAAUGUUUUUCUACUAAAGUGUACUUACUGUGUGAUAAAUAAACGUUUUUCCAAGCAAGA